AGAAGUCACUUUCUUAUCAUCAACUUUAUUUUAUUAUUAUAUAUAUACAUGUAUAAUAAAUAAUAAUACUAAUAUGACAAUAAAGACCAAAUAGAGCUAAGUGUAUGCUAGUGAGUGUAAGAUAAGACCUUCAUUUCAAUAUGGAGAUAUCAUAUUACAACAUAAAAAUUGCAAUAUUUUCAUUUGCAAUUAUCUUAUUGUUGAGAUGGGCAUGGAGAAUCUUGAAUUGGGUUUGGUUCAAACCAACAAAGUUGGAGAAACAAUUAAGACAACAAGGUUUCAAUGGAAAUUCUUAUAAGUUGUUCUAUGGAGAUAUGAAAGAGAUGAAGAAGAUGAGUGAAGAAGCUAUCUCCAAACCUAUCAAUUUCUCACAUGACUUGAUUUUGCCUAGAGUUAAUCCCUUCAUUCACAAAUCCAUCACUAAUUAUGGUAAGAAUUGUUUCGUCUGGUUUGGGCCAAGACCAGCCGUGCUGAUCACGGAGCCCGAACUCAUAAAGGAGGUGCUGACGAAGAAUUAUGUUUAUCAAAAGAUUCGUGGCAAUCCAUUAGUUAAGAUGGCAGCAACUGGCAUUGCUUCCUAUGAAACAGAUAAAUGGGCCACACAUAGAAGACUUCUGAAUCCUGCUUUUCACCUUGACAAGUUGAAGCAUAUGUUGCCCGCAUUCAAAUUGACAAUUAGUGAUGCGUUGAGCAAAUGGGAAAAAGUUGUAUCGAAAGAAGGAUCAGAGAUAGAUGUGUGGCCAUAUCUUCAAACUUUGACAAGUGAUGCAAUUUCAAGAACUGCAUUUGGCAGUAGCUAUGAAGAAGGAAGAAAGAUUUUUGAACUUCAAAAAGAACAGCUUCAACUAAUUUUAGAAGUGUCACGUACAAUAUACAUUCCAGGAUGGAGGUUCUUGCCAACAAAAACGAACAAAAGGAUGAAGCAAAUCUACAACGAAGUAAGAACACUUGUAUUGGGAAUUAUCAAUAAAAGAAUGAGGAUGACUGAAGAUGGAGAAACACAUGAUGACUUAUUGAGUAUACUAUUGGCAUCCAAUUUACAAGAAAUUCAACUACAUGGACAUAAGAAAUUUGGUAUGAGUAUUGAUGAGGUGAUUGAAGAGUGUAAAUUGUUUUAUUUUGCUGGCCAAGAAACUACUUCAACUUUACUUGUAUGGACAAUGAUUUUAUUGUGCAAACAUCCUAAUUGGCAAGAUCAAGCUAGAGAAGAGGUUUUACAAGUGUUUGGAAGUAAUGAAGUUGACCAUGACAAGUUGAAUCAACUAAAAGUAGUGACUAUGAUCUUAAAUGAGGUUUUAAGGUUGUAUCCAGCUGGAUUUAUGAUUAAUCGGAUGGUACACACAGAAACAAAGUUAGGAAAUUUGUGUUUACCAUCAGGGGUACAACUCCUGUUACCAACAAUUUUGUUGCAUCAUGAUACUGAAAUAUGGGGAGAUGAUGCAAUAGAAUUCAAGCCAGAGAGAUUUAGUGAAGGAAUAUCAAAAGCAACAAAAGGACAAGUUGUGUUUUUUCCAUUUAGUUGGGGUCCAAGAAUAUGCAUUGGCCAAAACUUUGCUAUGUUAGAGGCCAAAAUGGCAAUGGCCAUGAUUCUCAAACACUAUGCAUUUGAACUCUCUCCAUCUUAUGCUCAUGCUCCUUAUCCACUACUGCUUCAACCUCAAUAUGGUGCUCCAUUAAUUUUGUACAAGUUGUAAAAAUCGUCAUGAGUUGAUCUUUUGAGUAAUGUUAUAUAGUUCUUUAUAAUUAUAGUUCUUUUAACAGAAACAAUCUAUCUAUCUUGCUUAAGGUAUGUAGGUAAGAUUUGCGUAUACCCCAUCCUCUUCAGAUUCAACUUGUGAAGUAACAGUAUAUAUAUUGUUGUUGUUUAUUGUAAACACCUAAUUUUGACCCAAACCUAACGUUUUUAUAUCAUUUCAAUGUUCAA